AUGAGCAGCAGCAACAGCACCUCCGACCUCAGCGACGAGAAGCUUAAGGACCAACGACGCUCGACACCAGCUUCACGGCGCUGCCCUAGCUGCGACCAUGAGCUCGACUGCAAUCCGGACAUGGUUGGGUUUCCAGCCGGGGUCAAGUUUGAUCCGUCGGACCAGGAGCUCAUAGAGCACCUGGAAUCCAUGGUGAAGGAAGGAGGCUCCAGAGCACACCCCCUCAUUGGUGAUUUCAUACCCACACUUCAAGGAAACGACGGCAUUUGCUACACCCAUCCUGAGAAUCUCCCAGGUGUGACAAGAGAUGGCGUCAUCAAGCACUUCUUCCACAGGCCAUCCAAAGCCUACACCUCUGGCACAAGGAAGAGGAGAAAGAUCCAGUCAAAACGCGGUGACGAUGUUGGCGAGGCGCAGUGGCAUAAGACCGGCAAGACACGUCCAGUAAUCGUUGCUGGUCGGCAGAAGGGGUGCAAGAAGAUCCUGGUGCUGUACAGUAACUAUGGAAAGCAAGGGAACAAGCCGGAGAAGACCAACUGGGUGAUGCACCAAUACCACCUCGGCAGGGAUGAGGAGAAGGACGGGGAGCUGGUCGUGUCUAAGGUCUUCUACCAGCAGACGCAGCUGCGUUCUACCGUGACAAUGAUGGAACAGAACGAUGAUGAAAAGGUAGAAGUGACCUCAGAGGCCAUGAAAGAUAUGCUCCCUGGGUGUGGUGCGGAAGCCGCUGAAGCUGCGGACACCAUGCAACUGCAGCAGCACCAACAGCAGAGGCAGGCUGAUGGCCACAGCAGAUUUACUUCUGCCAAGAUGUCCCGUGAGGUUGGUGUAGGCGACCCAUUAGCAGGUGAUCAAGGACAGCUGCAUGAUGAAACCCACCACAUACCAUCACAACAUAAAGUCCGAUCAGUGCUCGUGAAACCAGCAGUGCACACCAUGUCUUUUUUUGAAAGCACACUCUUGAACACAGAAUCAACCAAAGUAUCACCUGCAGUGCAACAUCACUCAGCCCUCCUGAACAAUGGUGACAAACAAGAGGUGCUGUUCAGUCUAUUAUGGACCAUUUUGCUGAAAAUACUACUAUUGCACAAAGAUGCGGUAGAGAUCAUCUGCUAA